AUGAUAAAAGCAUCUGAGUUAAUAGACUUUGUUUCCCCCCCAGUUCAAAUAAAUAUUCCGUUUCUUCUGUCAUCGUCGCUCGCUGUUGAGACUUCCUUCCUUCCUCCCGCUGCUUCUGUGCUCAUUCACUGUAUUUCCUUCCGUCAAUCUACGACGAACAUUUGUCUUCGACUCACGCACGUAAUCGCCGACGGAGGGCCAACCAUUUUGGAUUCUUCUUCUUCCUCGGAUUUUUCUUCUUUUCAUCGAAUUCUUUUUCUUCUUUUUUUUUUUCUGAUUCAUCUUCGGAUCUUUCUUCUUCUUUGGAAUGUUUUUCGGAUUCUUCUCCUUUCUUAUAUUCUUCUUCUUCUUUUCAUCGGAUUCCUUUGCGGAUUUUUCUUCUUCUUUGGAUUCUUCUUCUUUUCUUGUUUAUUGAAUCCAUUUAAUUCUUUUUCGUUCUUCUUCGUUUUCGGAUUCUUCUUCUUCUUCUUCAUAGAUUCAUGUUGUUGUUGUUGUUCGGAUUCUUCUUCUUCUUCUUCUUCUUCUUCUUCUUCUUCUUCAGAUUUUAUUCUUGUUUUUUCGGUUUCUUUUUUCUUCUUCUUUGUAAUCUUCUUCUUUUGGGUUCUUUUCUUGUUCAUUGAAUCCAUUUACUUCUUUUUCGUAUUCUUCUUCUCUUCUUCUUCUUCUUCAUCGGACUCUUUUUCUUCUUUAUCGGAUUCUUCUUAUUAUUAUUCAUCGGAUUACUGUUCUUCUUCUUUAGAUUUUUCUUCUUCAUUGGAUUCUUCAGUUUCUUCUUCUACAUUAGAUUCUUCAUCUUCUUGUUCGGAUUCUUCUUCUUUAUAUUUUUCUUCUUCAGGUUCUUCUUCAUCGGAUCCUUCUUCGUCGGAUUCUUCUUCUUCUUCUUCUUCUUCUUCUUCUUCUUUUCUUCUUCUUCUUUUCUUCUUCUUCUUCUUUUUCUUCUUCUUCUUCUUCUUCUUCUUCUUCUUCUUCUUCUUCUUCUUCUUCUUCUUCUUUUCUUCUUCUUCUUCAUCGCAUUCUUCAUAUUCUUCUUUUUCGGAUUCUUCUUCCAUAGAUUCUUCUUUGGAUUCUUCUUUUUCGGGUUCUUCUUCUCAUCAUCUUCAUCACCAUCAUCAGUCUUAUGACCGUCCUCGUGUGGGCUCGGCCCAAAAUAUGCCCUUUUUGAACCCGUAUAAACGGGUUCAGGGUCGGUUUACCUCCCCGAAAAGAACUCCGCCCUUCGGCGUAGCCUCGUUCGGGUUCCUCCCCCCGAAGGCAGAGAGUUCAACCGAUCAGCCGGCCACAACAUCUAUCUAUCUAUCUAUCUAUCUAUCUAUCUAUCUAUCUAUCUAUCGUUAUGGACUUUCCCAGCUAUAA